GAGCAUGAAUCCCAAAAUAACAGAAACACAAAACGUCUAAAACCCAACUGGAAGUAUAUGAAAACUCGUGUUAUCGCAUGAAAAACCAACUGAACCAUCCCAUCUCACAUUGCUCGGAAAGAACAAGCAACAGGUCGACACAGUUGGAUAUGGGCCGACGUCAAUAUGCCAUUUAAUUUAAAAAAAAACAAUGAGGAUCCUCAGAGACGGAUAUUGUAUCACGAGAAAAAAAAAGUUUUUUUAAUUCAAACUUUAUAUAUAGGGCGAGUUGGAUGAUCGUGGGGGUUUUUUGAUGCCAGUGUCAAAGUAAAGCACCCUUUUGCUUUUCAUUUAAUUUCAUCGUUGUUAUGGGCAACAAAUUUUCUAUAUCCUCGAAACGGCGAGUCGCAUCUCAAGCGUCACAACAUAAACGUCAGAAUUCCACAUUGUCCAGUCAAACUUCGACGGACACGGGCAUCGUUCGUCAAGGACGCUCAUUUCAUAACAUGGCCAUGUCCACCUACUGGCUUCCUAAUGACGAUGAGGAAAUGGAUAGACUUGUUGGCCAACACUUUGCUUUGAAAACGCUCUUUAACGGCAAUAUUCUGAGAGAAGUGGAAGAAGCGCUCCCGCUCAAUACAGGGUGCAAAAUAUUGGAUGUCGGCUGUGGCCCAGGCACAUGGAUCAUGGAUAUGGCCACCGAGUAUCCGGCCAGCGAGUUCACUGGUGUGGAUAUGUGUGAAACGUUUCCUGUGAGCAUACGACCGCCCAAUGUUCAUUUUCUGUCGGGGAAUAUCUUGGAAAGACUGCCUUUUCCAGACAACAGUUUUGAUCUCGUGAAUAUGCGGUUGUUUAUCCUCGCCUUACGGAAAGAAGAAUGGCCUCCUGUAUUGAACGAAAUUUAUCGCGUACUGAAACCAGGCGGCAUGAUUCAGUCCAUCGAAGCUGGCAUGCUUGAUCGAGGAAACGAAUUUGUGCGUUGGGCAGGCGAAACCUUUAAAAAUGUCAUUCUGAAACGCGGCCAAGAACCUUACAUCGCCUUCAAAAUUCAGGCGUUGUUGGAAGAAACAGGGUACCACGUAGUAGCCUCUGUUAAAAAAGAUGCUUAUCUAGGUCGACAGGAUCAUCUCAACCGCGAAUUCUUAUGGGACAUUUGCAAUAUAUUCAAGAGUGCCCAACCUUUCCUGACGGAGCCAUUGGGCAUCGCUCCGGAUACAUAUGGCCAAUUUUUGCGAGAGCUGUGCACCAAUUGCCAAGCAACUCCAGAAGCUCGAUGGACCCUCGCCACCACCGUAGCCCAGAAACCCCUUGCUUUAUCAUCCUCCUACAGUCAUUGAUCCCAUUUUUGUACAUGUGU